AUGGUAGAAGAGAGAACGCUCCUUCUUGUUCAGCCAGGAAGCAUGAUUAACAGAUUCCAUGGAGAGUACCUUGGUAAGUAUGUUGCUGUCAAGAUUCUUAGAUCUGAACAUUUAAAUGAUGCAACAUUGGGGAAUGAAUUCUCUCAUAAAGAUAUAAAUCACAGUCUACAGAUGCAUUCAUCAUUCAUUAGAAGGCUUUAUUUGGAAAGAGAACUGGAGGCGCAUCAAGGAUGUGUAAAUACUAUCGCUUGGAAUUCAAAAGGCUCACUAUUGAUAUUUGGAUCUGAUGAUGCUCAUGUACAUCUUCCUACCUUUUUUCUUCAUAUGUAUAAGCUACCUUUUGUUCCUGAAACAUCUGAUGAGUUGGUAGCAUCUGGAGCUGGUGAUACUGAAGUAACCCUCCUUGCAUUUUGUUCAUUGCUUCAUUCAUUCACAUGUCUUCUGAUAAUCUUAACUCACACCUGUAGGUUCGACUAUUCAAUUUGUCUCACACACAUGAAGAUACUGCUAGUAACCUAUCAGCUCAUUUUCAAUGCCACAGCAGGAGAGUUAAAAAAAUUAGCUGUAGAACCUGGUAAUCCGAAUGUUGUCUGGAGUGCCAGCGAGGAUGCCACUCUGAGACAGCAUGAUCUCCAGGAGGUCACUUCUUGUCCCCCUGCUAAGAACUCUGCUAGUCGCCCUUUAUCAAAACUGAGAAUAGCUGAAGAACUUGAAGCUGCAGCAAGGGCAAAAGGGGAAUUCAAGAAUCAAGAAAGUGAGGGUGAGAUCCAUCCGAAUGAUGGAUUCACAGAAGCUAAGUAG